AUGGCUUCGUCAAAAGAUCGAAAACACCCGUACGUCGAUUAUGCAUCGCCGACGCAGACUGGGAAAAUCCCCUUCACGCCCCCAGGAACGGAGCUGCAAUGCGAGACGGCGUACUGGCUUUGGGGAGAUUUGGCCAGGUCCAAGACUCCGCCUUUGAUUGUCCUACAUGGUGGUCCUGGCGCACCAGGCAGAGACUUUAACCCCCUCGCGGCGUAUUUGAACGACAACUACGGCAUCCCCGUCCUGCUCUACGAUCAGAUUGGAUGUGGCGCCAGCACACACUUGCGCGACAGAAGAGGAGAUGUCGAGUUCUGGUCGGACGAUCUCUUCUUUGCCGAACUGGAAAAUGUGAAGACGCACCUCCAAAUCAACACCUUUGACCUCAUGGGCCACUCUUGCGGCGGCAUGCUCACGGCCAUGUACAUGCUGAAGCAACCUCCGCACCUCCGCAAGGUCAUCAUCGCGAGCGCACCGGCUUCGGAUGAACAGAGGAGAGAGGGGUUCUUGCAGACGCGGAGAGCGCUGCCUCAAAGAACUCAGGACGUCUUGGCCUUGUGUGAGAAAGAGGGCCGUACGGACGCUCCGGAGUAUCGCAAGGCCCUGGACGAGGUGGAUAAACGCUUUUGUCGCAUGAAUCCCUGGCCGCCCGAACUACGCGAAUGCGUGGCUCUCAUGGAUGAAGACGAUACCGUGGGUCACACAAUGUACGGCGAUGUCCCGGGAGAGACUGCUGGGCCGCGGAAAUACUACGACGUUCGAGGCCGGCUGGGAGAGGUGACGGACAAGACUGUUCCUGGUGGCGUGUUGCUCACCUUGGGCCAAUACGACAUCUUUUCCGAAGAAGCCAUGGACCCUUUUGCCACUCAGAUUCGGGCAAAGGUUCAGCGAAGGACCUUUGAGCAGAGUGCGCACUUUCCGCAUAUCGAAGAGUUGGAGGACUAUGCCACUACUGUUGCAGGCUUUCUGACUACAUGA